ACGUAAUUUAGUUUCAUUGAAGAACAUGGCGAGAUAGUUUGGAAAGUGCGAGCUUCCCUUCAAUUGUACAAUUUUCUCGUAUCAUGAUAUCUGUUUAGCUAUCCUUCAAUAAUAAUAAGCUAAUAAGAUGGGCCUGUUUUUAGACAAGCCGAAAAAGGAGAAGACCACAGAGUCUGGAGAGGGAAAUGGCCUACGUUUUGCUGUUUCUGCAAUGCAGGGAUGGAGAGUUGACAUGGAGGACUCUCACUCGAUGAAGACAAACUUGGCGCCAAAUCUUCAAGGUUCAUCUUACUUCGCAGUUUUUGAUGGUCAUGCUGGAGACUUCGUUAGUAAGUAUGCUGCUGAGCAUCUUUGGGAAGAAAUACUCAACAAUUUAGUAAACUUGGAGGUUAAACGAAGUGACAGUGGAAACAGCGAGAUUCGCGAGGAAAGUGAUGUCAACGCUGGGAAAUCAAACGUAAAGUCUACCGCAUCGACAAAACCAGAGAAUGGGAGCAGUAAAACACAUGAUACAAACGAAGCAGAAGAAACUGGAUCAGAUAGCAUUAAUAAAACUAUAGAGAAAGAAGAAUCAACUGAAUCUGAGGAGAAAGUUAGGAACAAUGGUAGCGAUUGCUUAAGUAAAGAUUUGAUUCACUUUAAAGCUAGUAUACGUAAAGGUUUUCUAGAUAUAGAUGAAAAACUGCAGGAACUCCCUCGAUUUGUAUCUGGAGAUGAAAGAAGUGGGUCAACGGCAAUCGCAGUUAUUGUCACUAAUACCCACAUAUUGUUUGCUAAUUGCGGCGACUCGAGAGCUGUUCUUAGUAGGAGUGGAGGGAUUGUAGCAUUUGCAACACUAGAUCACAAACCGUACAACGUUGACGAAAAAACAAGAAUCGAAAGAGCAGGAGGGAGUGUUAUUAUACAGAGGGUCAAUGGGUCAUUAGCGGUUUCCCGAGCAUUAGGUGAUUUUGAUUACAAACGUGUACCGAAUUUGCCCUGCACCGAGCAGCUUGUAUCUGCAGAGCCUGAGCUUACCUGCAUCGAAAGAAGCCCCGAUGACGAAUUUCUCGUUCUGGCAUGCGAUGGAAUAUGGGAUGUGAUGUCAAACCAAGAGGUUGUCGACUAUGUCAGAUAUCGCCUGAAAAUCCACCAGAAUCUUACUCAAAUGACAGGAGAACUUCUUGAAACAUGUCUUGCCAAGGGAAGCAAAGACAACAUGAGUGUAAUCAUCGUAACAUUUCCAGGAGCACCUGAGGUUUCCCAAGAAGCAGUUGAGGCUGAUGCAAAAAUAGACAGCUUAUUGAAAGAAAAGAUUGAAGGAUACAUAAAGAAGUCUUCUGAUCCAAAGGAGAUUGACACUUCAGUUAUAGUUGAUUUUUUGCAAGAUCAAGAGCUGUCAGACCUUCCACCUGGUGGAGGGCUUCAUGCAAAGAUGGAUACAAUUGAAAGUAUCCUUGAUGAGCUGAUCCCAGACAGAACAAGGGACGAGGCGUCGCAUCUUGGCAGCUCGAUUCCAGUUCCGUUGAAUAUGAUACGGCAAUUUGCUACAGACGGUGUUAUAGACGAUGAUGCAAUGCCCUCGGGUGAGGCUGACGAAUAAGUGUUGACUUUAAAGAAACAGUAAAAUUAUUGCUUUGAUUAAAACGUUUAUAGGCGUCUUCAAUUGAUAUUUGGAUCUUUAUUUUCGAUUUAAUAUACUUGCAGUACACCGAUUUCAGUUCUUUUAAA